AUGUCAGGUACGGCGCCACCCAACACCGCCCUGGGCGUCUUUGGCAGGUGGUUUGGCGGGGUGGCCUGGGAUGUCUCAGGCGAUGGUGGGGGUGUGUGGUGUGUGAGCAUGGGGGCUAUGCUUGGCAAGGCUGCCAGAGGAUGCUCCGGAGGGAGCAAGAAGCGGCAGAUUGCAAGGCAGGCAAUAUUGUUUGCUCGCGAACAAAGCUUCGAGGUGGUGCACACCAGCAGGGGUGGGGCCAGCGAUCAGGGAGCAGGGUGUCAGCGCCUCAGCCCAGCCUCCAUCAGCCGCCGCCUCGUUGUGACUGGCCCUCGCUGGGAGGCCGCUGGUCGCUGA